AUGGCGACUCUUUCCCUUUCCCCUUCCGUGGGAACAACUUUUCACUCUCUCCAUAGCUACCCAAAUGGUUCCUCAUCCUAUUCUUCUUCUUGUCCCGCUACUGCUUCUCCAGCUUUGUCACUGACAUUGUCAUCUACCAAUUCACGAUUUUUAAAUUCAGCUUUCAAGAUGAAUGAAAUUAAUGUUCCUGUCAGGAAUAGGGUGACAAAAUCCUUUGGGGUCCGGAUGUCUUGGGAUGGUCCACUUUCUUCUGUUAAACUCAUUCUUCAAGGGAAAAAUCUUGAGUUAACACCUGCUGUAAAGGACUAUGUGGAAGAGAAGUUGGGUAAGGCAGUUCAAAAGCACAGCCAUCUAGCCAGGGAAGUGGAUGUUAGGCUGUCUGUUCGAGGUGGAGAGCUUGGAAAAGGCCCAAAAAUUCGAAGAUGUGAAGUUACUCUAUUUACGAAAAAGCAUGGAGUGAUUCGUGCAGAGGAAGACGGUGAGUCAAUUUAUGGAAGUAUAGAUAUGGUAUCAUCAAUUAUACAGAGAAAGUUGCGGAAAAUUAAGGAGAAGGAUUCAGACCGUGGUCGCCACAUGAAGGGCUUCGAUAGGCUGAAAGUCAGGGACCCAGAGGCGCUGUUAGUUCAAGAGGAUCUUGAAACACUUUCCCAAGAGGAAGAAGUUGAAGAUGACAAGAGUGAUGGCUUUGUUACUGAGGUUGUUCGUAAGAAGUCCUUUGACAUGCCACCUUUAAGUGUCAAUGAAGCAAUUGAACAGCUGGAAAAUGUCGACCAUGACUUCUAUGGUUUCCGGAAUGAGGAAACUGGUGAGAUUAACAUCGUUUACAGACGAAAAGAAGGGGGUUAUGGACUUAUUAUUCCAAAGGAAGAUGGUAAAACAGAGAAGUUAGAGCCCUUGGAGGUUGAACCAGAGAAAGAACCGUCGAUAGCAGAAUAA